AUGAAAGCUUGUCCUCGUUGUGGAGCGUUAAUAACAAAGAUGAACGAUGGUUCUUGUAAUCAUAUGCAAUGUGCUUUGUGCAAUGCUGAAUUUUGUUGGCUUUGUUUAAAACAAAUUAAUGAGCUACAUUAUUUGAGGUUUUUUUUUAAAUUAAAUACAAUAUUAUUAGGCCUCAUUAUGAUAACCUCCCUUGAGGUUGGAAAAUUUGAUCAUGUAGUUGGGUAAACGCCUAGGGCUUAUUUUCGAUAAUCUUUUCUGUGUCGGUUUAAGUAGAGAGGUGUCAAAAACAUUUGAGUCGCCACAAGAUAAAACUAACCGGUUGUGAACAACCUUAUUAAAUGCGUGUCCAUGUGUCAAAUUUUGGAUAGAAAAAUAGCUCCUGCAUUCAAC